AUGGACUCUUCAGACCUGCAUUUAGCUAUUGACUAUGUUGGAUCAUGUGGUAUCGUUCUAACUCCUGAGCAAAAAGCAACACUUCAAACUACACUUACUAUUCUAAAACAUGAAAACAAAUUCACAUAUGUAUCAUUUUGGGGUAUUGUGAGGGGAGUGAAUGGAGACUAUUUUAUAGCACAGGGAAUCGGAAAAGAUGUUUUAAAAGAUAAAACAAACCUGUACAGCAAAGACUGUUCAACCUGGGGGCUAUUGCCAGUUCCGGGUAAACAAGAUAUCGAAAAGAGCAAACUUUUUAAAACAAGACUCACCGGUGACCCUUCAUAUGAGGCUGAAUACGUUGAAAUAAAGCAAAUGCCUGGUGAAGGUGAUGAACUUGUUGAAACUGAGGAGCUUAUUACCAUGAAAGAAGAAGAUAGACUUGCUGCCAUUAUUUACCGCAUGGAAGAAGAGGUAGUUAUCGUUCCUCGCGGUGCGUACUUGAGAUUAUCCAACGGUCAGGUUGUCAGGAAUAAAUCCUUCGAAGGCUUGACCAUUGCAGAAGCCUCAAAAGAACUUUCAUACUUUCACUGUCGACCUCCAAUACAUAUGCCUCACAAGCCACUAGCUGACCGCGCAAGGCUGGAUAAAGCCAUUGAUUUCCUAGAUACUAUUGAAGAUGAUAAUCCAAAAGGUUGUUGGAUUAUACAAUUUGAACGUGGAAGUAAUCUUGUCCUGGUGAAAAGUCUUCUAUGGAUUGGAUAUGUUUUAUACCAUCUACCUGGGACAAAUAAGUAUGGAUCGAUUUAUGUGGGGACUGGAGAAUACAAUAUCGAUCUACCAUUUAUGAUAUAA